AUGAAGAAUAUUUUUUUACUUCGAACGGCUAUUGCUGUAUCCCUGUUCGUCUGCACUUUUGCCACAUUAACUAAAAACUAUGAGAUAUCCGAUGGAAAAUUGGAAAUUCUUUUCAAGAAUUGGCUUGAUGAAAGUGGGCGAGAAUACUAUUCAUUUUCUGAAUAUCAACAACGAAUGAUUGUUUUCAAGGAAAACUAUAUUCUUAUCCAGAAAAUGAAUGAAGUUUACGGACAUGAUAUGACAUUUGAAUUGAAUAAAUUUGCCGAUUUAACACAAGAUGAAUUUCGAAAUACAAUCUUAAUGCGCCCUCAAGCACCGCCUAUGCAUUCACCAAAAAAAUACAUGAAAGUUUCCGAAGUUGGGGAUCUACCUGACUCAUUUGAUUGGCGUGAUCAUAAUGCAGUUACUCCUGUUAAAGAUCAAGGAUCGGUUGGCACAUGUUGGGCGUUUUCAACUGUUCAAAAUGUUGAAGGUCAAUGGUAUAUGAAAAGUAAAACAUUAACAAAUUUGUCUGUUGAACAAGUUGUCGACUGCGAUGGCAUGCAAAAAGUUGAUUCAGCGCAAGCUGAUUGUGGUGUUUAUGGUGGUUGGCCAUUUCUUAGUUUUCAAUAUUUAAAACAACAAGGUGGUAUUGUAUCCGAAGACUUAUAUCCAUAUUGUGCUGGAGCAAAGAAACCUUGUGAGCCGUGCAAUGCUCCAGGAUAUAACAAAACUUUAUGUGGUCCUCCGAUUCCUUUCUGUUACAUGAAAGAUAGUUGUGAAAGUAAAUUAAAUCCAUCGGACUUCGUACCUGGUCUCAAAGUUGUUGAUUGGAAAGCGAUUAGUGAAAACGAAACGGCAAUUGCCACAGCUUUGAUGACAACGGGUCCAUUGUCAGUUGCUCUCAAUGCUGAAAUGUUACAAUUUUACCAUAAAGGAAUCUUUAACCCAAUAUUUUGCAAUCCAAAAAAUCUUGAUCAUGCCGUACUUCUUGUUGGUUGGGGAAUUGAAGGUUCAAAACCAUACUGGAUUGUUAAAAAUAGUUGGGGUGCUGCUUGGGGUGAACACGGUUAUUUCCGUAUCUUACGUGGUAAAGGCGUUUGUGGAAUCAAUACCCAAGUAACAACUGCUGUGCUUGGUUAA